AUGUUAAGUGAUCCAGAGAGUCGAGUUGAUUUGAAAACGUUUCGGAGUGCCUCGAUUGUGAGUUCAAUAUUUGACACUGGUGGAUCAACUAAAUUCCAUCGUUUGGAUCCUAGUGUGGAAAUUGAGCUUGAAUCACCGGAUACUCCUCAAAGAAGGAGUAUUUAUGAUUCCAGUCAGCUAUCACACAUGGGAAGAGCCGCUUCUGCUAGGAGCAUAGUCGAUACUAGGAGAGGAUUACAACACAAAAGAUCAUUUUCCAAGAAAGUAAAAACACAGCUGGUUGAAGGAGUGCCAUCCUACUUUCGCAGAAAUCAAGGGGGGCCGCAACAAAGAGCCCCCAUCAACUCACCAUCCAGUAGUAAUAUGGAGUUUUUAAGAGGUGUUUAUGCAUUUAUGCAAGUGAGCAGAUCAUCGGUAAACCACGUGAAAACAGAUUCCUCAAUUUUUCGACUACACACAAAUGCAACUGUAAUUCUUUUGGUAACGUUCUCGAUAGCAGUAACUACGCGACAAUACGUCGGAAAUCCAAUAGACUGCGUACAUACAAGAGACAUCCCUGAAGACGUGCUGAAUACUUACUGUUGGAUUCAUUCAACAUACACUGUAGUCGACGCGUUCAUGAAAAAACAAGGUCAAGAAGUGCCAUUUCCCGGAGUGGACAACUCACAACGAAGCGGUGCGUUGACAAUUAGGCAUACCAAGUAUUAUCAAUGGGUAGCUUUUACAUUAUUUUUUCAGGCUAUUUUGUUUUACACGCCACGAUGGCUGUGGAAAUCCUGGGAAGGAGGAAAAAUACAUGCACUUAUGAUGGAUCUUGACAUAGGCAUUUGUUCCGAAAUAGAAAAGAAGCAAAAGAAAAAGUUGCUUCUUGAUUAUUUAUGGGAUAAUUUAAGGUAUCAUAACUGGUGGGCUUAUAGAUACUAUAUAUGUGAAUUUUUAUCACUGGUAAAUGUGAUAGGCCAAAUGUUCUUAAUGAACCGAUUUUUUGACGGCGAAUUUAUGACUUUUGGUUUAGAUGUAAUAGCACAUAUGGAAGCGGACCAGGAAGAUCGAAUGGAUCCAAUGAUCUACAUAUUUCCUAGAAUGACCAAAUGCACCUUCUAUAAGUAUGGUGUCAGCGGUGAAGUUGAACGACACGAUGCCAUAUGCAUUCUUCCGCUUAACGUAGUCAAUGAAAAGAUUUACAUAUUUCUGUGGUUUUGGUUUAUAAUUCUAUCAAUUCUGACAACGUUGACAUUAUUUUAUAGAAUAAUUAUUAUUUUCUCGCCGCGAAUGCGAGUAUAUUUAUUAAGGUUAAGGUUUAGGUUAGUUCGUCGCGACGCUAUAGAGAUUAUAGUAAGACGUUCGAAAAUGGGCGAUUGGUUUUUAUUAUAUAGAUUAGGUGAAAAUUUAGAUAGUAUUAUAUUUCGUGAUGUAAUGCAAGAUUUAGCAAAUCGUCUACAUAAUAAUCAACACCAUCGUGUACCUGGUAUGAAAGAUGUCGACAAAAUUGAGUACGGAUUCGGAGUAAAUUUAUUUUGA